AUCGUCGUCAGAUCUGAUUCAGCAGCUGCCUUUCCUUCACUUCAGUCGUGAAGCAAACCAUACUCCAAAGAAUGGCGGGGGACGGCGAGCUUCUUCCCCGGAUCGCGGUGGUCGGCGCGGGCAUCUUCGCGCGCACUCAGUACAUCCCCAGGCUCCGCGAGAUCUCCCACCUCGUCGUCCUCAAGGCCAUCUGGAGCCGCACCCAGGAAUCCGCAGAGGCUGCCGCGGAGCUCGCCCGCGAUUUUGCGCCUGGCAUCGAGUGUAAAUGGGGCGACGCGGGGCUGGAGGAGAUCAUGGGAGACCCUUCCAUCCUGGGCGUAGCCGUUGUUCUUGCAGGCCAAGUCCAGGUUGAGCUUUCCUUGAAGAUGCUCAAGGCAGGAAAGCAUGUGAUCCAAGAGAAACCUGCCUCUGGAUCGACAACCGAAGCAGAAACUGCGCUAUCAGUCUACAACUCAUUCCCAAACAAGUUGCCCUAUAAGCCAAUUUGGGCUCUUGGAGAGAACUACAGAUUUGAACCUGCAUUUGUGGAGUCAAGCAAGUUGAUGAACGAUAUUGGUGAUAUGAUGAACAUCCAAGUUAUUGUUGAAGGAUCAAUGAACAGUUCAAACCCAUAUUUCAAUAGCUCCUGGAGACGAAAUUUUGUGGGUGGUUUCAUAUUGGAUAUGGGCGUGCAUUUCAUUGCAGGACUAAGAAUGCUUGUUGGUUCGGAAGUAGCAACUGUAUCGUCUAUCUCUCGUCAUGUGGACACGGAUUUGCCACCACCUGAUAACAUUUGUUCUCUUUUCCAACUGGAAAAUGGAUGUGCCGGGGUCUUAGUAUUUGCAGUUAAUUCGAGGUCGCCAAAGAUAUUGUGGCGGGUUGAUGGAACAAAGGGAACAGUACAAAUUGAACGUGGAGUUGAUGGUGGGAAGCAUGGUUACCAGGUGCUUUUCUCAAAGGAAAGUGGGGAGUGCCAGAAGACUUUUUACCCAUUCUGUGGUGUGCAUGAAGAACUGAAAGCAUUUGUCCAUGACAUGGUGCAGGCUAGCAAAGAUGGCGAUCACAAGGCUGAACCCCGCAGUUCUUAUGUCGAAGGUGCUCGUGAUGUUGCUGUUUUGGAAGCCAUGCUUGAAUCUAGCAAGAAGCAAGGAGCCAUGGUGCAAGUGAAGAAAUUCUAACAAAUCUCAAUUAGCAAAAGAAGGAACAUGAACAUUCUUCUGUUAGAGUGAUUUGUCCGGUAGGACGUGAAAAUUUGUAGCAUCGGCGACAAAAGGAACAUCAUUUUAUGAUUAUUAUGCAAUUGAUGGUAUAGGAUGGGAUGCUGCAAGUCAGGCUGUUCCCUGGAACCAUCAUUCUUUCACACAGAUCUAUACGACAGCUGCUACAGAUUUAUUUACCAUAUACUGUACUAUUUAUCACGUAUACUCUUGCUACUGAUCUUGUAUACUAUUUCCUGCAUUUUAUGUUCAGGAAAAAAAUGUACUCUUGCUUGUUAA